CUCGCGUGAAGCUAACUUCGGUCUGUUAUGACACCACCGACACUUUGACCUGAUCAGCUGCUGAGCUGAAAAACCACGUAGUUUGGACGCGGUUUGCUAACAGGUAGCUAGCACCGAGCUAACACCUCCCGUCAUGCUGGCCCGCCUGCUGCUCGGCGUCCUCAACAAGCUCCAGGUGGUGGAGAAGCUGGCGGAGUCCCGUCCCAUGCGCAGGGCGGCGCAGAUCACCGCCUACGCCAUCACCAAGGCUCAGAUGGCCGGCCGGGACGCCUCGGAGCGGGCCAUGCGCUCCCAGACGCUGCGGCAGGUCCGGGAGGAGGCCGGCAGGGUGCCCCGGGACCUGGGGGAGGUGGGCAGCCGCCUGAAGAGGGUCCGCGAGACGUUUGUGAACGAGGUGAAGGAGGGAUGGAAGGACGGCUCCAGGCAGAUCAAGAAGUAAACAGGACCCGCUGGAAACAUAACUUCUAUGACCUGGUUGUGAUUCCAGUUACUUUCCUGCUGGGAAUAUACAGAAUCUACCUGUGUCAGCAACAUGUCUCCCACCAGGAAGGGACUGGUGUAAAAGACUGUUAAUCAUCACUCACAUGGAAUCUAUGUCCAGAGUCUUUAUAUGUUCCUAAAUAACACAUGGACGUUUGCUGUGUGCACUUGGGGUGUUUAAGAAACCUUCUGUGGGGAACAGUUAAAGACAGCUGUUGUUUCGACAUUUACAACAUACCUCUGGAGCUGCACUGUACAAAUCACCACAUAGUAAUGUCCCAAUGAAAGAAUAGUUUUUUUAAAUUUCACUUUAACCGAUGUGCCGUGCACUCGAACAUCCGUGACACCAACUCCCGCCCAGGACCUUCAUUUCCUUUAUUUGACAUUAAGUUGUCAGUGGGAAUCUUGUAUCAGCUGUAUAUGUAUAUUCAGAGGGACAUUGUAUGUAAGACUGUGAAUUCACCCUUUUGUCCGGGUGGUAUAAAUAAAGAUGAUUAUUUAUGACAUA